CUUGCAGCUGACAUCACCACCAGCUCCAGGCUGAAGCCACAUUCCAUAGGCUGCGAGAUUGUGAGAUUACUGCCGUCGUUCACUGCUUUGCAUUCUUUUGGUUUAUACUUCAACUUUAAUAUUGUCUUUAAAUUGUCAUCGUCCUGGCACAGAUGAAUGCAGUCCAACCUUCUCGCUCGUGAAACGGGCGAUCUCCGCCAUGAAGACUUUACUCGGUCCAUCACUUCUGAACUCCUACGUUCUUUUGCGCCGGCUCCUCAGCACCGCUUCAAUGGUGAGAGAACGGCCAAGCAUGGCCCUACAGAUGUAGGCGAGCGUGUGCACAGUAUAAGAGCGCAUGGCGCAGGCGUUAAUACACUCGCCCUUGAGAAGUUCAAUGGACGUAUCCUCCUCUCUGGGGGAGCAGAAGGAGGCAUCAAGGUCUGGAAUUUGGAAGACGCUGGAAACCCCAACAAGUUGCACACUUUUCGCCCCAUGGGCAGCAUCGCCAGGUCUACGAGAGAAGAGUCUUCUCCCGGGCAUAGUCACGGUGUCACUCAUGUUGCCUUUUAUCCUUUCGAUCCGGAUGCUUUUCUUUCAAGUUCUUACGACAAGAAGCUGAAGUUAUGGGCGACUCAGCGUUGCACUCUAUCGGCCACCUUCGACCUGAACGCAACUAUUUACUCCCACUCCACCAGCCCUGUAGCAGAUCAUCUUAUUGUGGCGUGUGCCACGCAGAACCCAGCAGUUCGGCUGGUAGAUUUGAAAUCAGGGUCCGCUGUACAAGCUCUUGUAGCACAUGGCGGUCCUGUUUUGUCAACUGCAUGGAGUCCGCGCCACGAGCAUAUUCUUGUCAGUGGCCACGCAGAUGGGAAAGUCAGGAUAUGGGAUAUUCGUCGUUCUGGUGGUGUUGUGGCGCUGCUCGACCAGGAAGAUUCACUGGGCAUCGUUCACAAAAUGAAGCAUCUCAGUGCCGCAAGGAUGGAUUCCAGUCAGAUCCCACACUUUCGUACCUCGGCACAGGCGCACGACGAUGCAGUGAAUGGCUUACAAUGGACUGACGAUGGACAAUACAUCAUCUCAGCUGGUCUCGACCGUCGCAUUCGUGUUUGGGACGCUGCCACGGGGGCCAAUACUCUCGCCAGUUUUGGCUCUCUUAUUCAGAACCAACACGCGAAGACAGCAAGUAUUUUGGUUUCUCCGGCGCAUCUCACAAGUGGUAAUAAUCUUCUCUUCUGGCCAAAUGAUCAGGAAAUUCUUAUCCUCGAUCUUCAUGAUGGCCAUAUUGUGACACGGCUCCGGAGCCCUGGCGUAACGAACCCUAUAGGGCCACGAGGGGGCGAGAUGGGAAGAAACAGAAUCACGAGUAUAGUUUGGCGCGCAUCGGGGGGGACGGGACGCCCAGUUGGUCCUAUUAUGGGCGGCGGCAACUCCGUUGGAGCCGUAUAUAGCUCCCACAUGGAUGGGCAAAUUCGAGCUUGGGCACCCCAAAUACCUGGGCCUGAGGAUGUCGCCGAGGAAGAAGAGAUGCAUGAAGAAGAGGAGGCUAAACAGAAGAAGAGAAAGGCUGUCGACGAUGCAUAUAGAAGUCUUAUGGGCAAGAAGAUCACCUUUACGUAGUGUAGUUAUCAUGUCCGAGCCUGGCCUGUAUGUGUCAGUAAAUUUGCAAGUGUUCAUAAAAUUGGAUCAAAGACGUAGUCUGAUAUGUCGCAAUGAAGGUUCUGGAAGCC